AGAGAACUUAGAUCUGAGAGGUGAAUUUUCUGACACAGACCUUUGGGAGUGUCUAGAAAUAGCUCAGAUGAAAGAAGUGGUAGCUACACAACUCGGAGGUUUAGAUGGACAGGUGCGAGAGGGAGGGGAAAACCUGAGUUGUGGACAACGGCAGCUGCUGUGCCUUGCUCGUGCGAUAUUACACCGUGCUGCUCUCCUUGUCAUGGAUGAGGCCACUAGUUCACUGGACUCAGUCACUGAGCAGAAGCUGCUACAAGUGGCAGCUCAAGCGUUUGCUAAUAGGACGGUCAUCACUAUUGCUCACAGACUAUCCAGUCUGCUCAGCUGUGAUCGUGUGUUGGUCCUGGAUUCUGGUCGGGUGGUGGAAGAUGGAAGCCCAUCACAACUUCUUGCACAAAAGUUGGGCAUUUUUUCCUCCAUGUUGCGAGCAGGACAGGAUUCAACGUGACAUACUUGUAAAUAAUAUUUCUAGUCAUCCUCUUGAAAGAUCUUUUUAUUAAGAAUAAGGUGUACUAUUUUAUAACCACAUUGUGAUUUGUAGACAUUAAUUUUUCAUGAAACAGCUGUUAAGUUAGACUUUAUAAUACACUGUUUAUAUAAAACUUUUUUAAGCCGUUUAUAAGGACACAAUGCUGCAACAAUUUAAAAUACUAGUAUGUC